AUGACUCGCACCAACCACGAUGAUGGUAGCCAAUCUAUUCAAGGAGAGCAGACCGGCAGCAAUCAUGGUGAUGGCAGUCAAUCCACGCAAAGAGAACAACCUACCCAACAAAAUCAACAUGUUGUCCAUGAAUCUAAUAAUAGUGCAGAAUUCGACUUCUCAACCCUUCGUCAACAUUCCGUCUUGACUAUUGAGAAGACCGCCGACAAUGCUAAGAUGAUUCUCGACCUUGAUUUCUCCCAACCAGAAUCAGUUCCCGAUAUUGGAGCUCUCUUGAAAAUUCUUAUGGAUUACGCGGAGAUCAUUAAAGAGGUCAAGAUUAUCAUCAAGGCUCCCAAACAGUAUGACAAUGCCGCAACGUUCAAGGGUAAACUUGCUAGCGUUGCCAUGGUAAUGGCAGUAUUGAACAGCUUCAACAAUCUCACGAAAGUGGAGGUUCUCGCUCGUCUCGACGACCACGAUAGUUUCGAGCAACUUGACCUUACUCUCGCCGCAUAUCAGCUAAACUUUUACAAUUGGACCUUGGCGUACGAGGUUCUAGGUCUUGAUGGCAAGUGGGAUAUCUCUGUAGACAGCGAGGAUGAGUUAAGACUUCGUCGUGUUUAUAGAAAACUUUUCUUAAAGAAACGUUAA